ACGUAUCAAGUGCUCUUUCUCAAUUGAUUUUCUCUUUAGUUUAUACAACCAAAUUCAUGAACUGAAUGAAGGAGGGUAAGGCCAAGGAGUUGUGAAAAUUAUUUCUUCAAUCUCCUUGCUCUGCAAAUCCCUUUCCACAAACUCAUACUCAAUCGUGAACCAGCAAAAAGAGAUGCCAGUGGUCAGCAAUGUGCUUGGAGCCGUCAACUUCGUCGCUAUGCUUCUGUCGGUACCGGUCAUCGGCGCCGGAGUGUGGCUGACGAUGGAGCCAGACAAUGCAUGCGUGAAGAUCCUUCAGUGGCCCGUGAUCAUACUUGGGAUUCUGAUCUUGGUCGUUGCACUAGCUGGACUCGUUGGCGGACUUUGGAGAAUUCAUUGGCUUCUAUUAUUUUACCUUGUAGCGAUGCUCGUGCUCAUAGCAUUGCUCCUGGCCAUGGUGCUCUUCGCCUACUUUGUGACGGAUAAGGGAAUGGGCCACUCGGUUCCGGGCCGUGUUUACCUCGAAUAUCAUCUUGACGACUACUCUGGCUGGCUCCGGCGAAGGGUUGAAGGACCGCUGAAGUGGGAACGGAUCAAAUUUUGCUUGAGCACUUCCACGAUGUGUGCAGAGCUGAACCAGAGCUAUCAUUUUGCCCAAGACUUCUUCAAGACGUACCUUACCCCCUUACAGUCUGGAUGCUGCAAACCACCAACCGAGUGUGGCUACACAUUCGUGAACCCGACGUACUGGAUCAGCCCCAUAAGCUCUGCUGCAAAUAAGGACUGCAUGGAGUGGAGCAACGAGCAGACUCAACUCUGCUACGGCUGUGAUUCUUGCAAGGCAGGGUUGAUCGCCAAUCUCAGAAGGGAAUGGAGGAGGGCAGACGUCAUUCUGCUGUGCACUCUGAUAGGCCUUGUUGUUGUCUACUUGGCGGGGUGUUGUGCAUUCAGAAACGCAAAGACAGAGGAGCUCUUCCGAAGGUACAAGCAAGGAUAUUCAUAACCUCAGCGGUGCGUCUGUGGUGUGAAUUUUCUACCAGUUUCUUUGUGUGACUUGCCUUGAUUUUGAUGGAAUGCUUGCUCAGUAUGGAACCAAGUGACGGGCAUACUUUGAGAAACUUUGCAAGCGGACUUUUGAAGAACAUUGGGUUAAUCUGUGGAUCGAAGGUUCAUGUUCCUGUUCCGAAGCUGUAGUUGCAAUUAUAUGGCCGAUCUGUUCCGAACCAAGAUACAUAUGUACGGCUGCGUUGGGUUUUUCACUAUCACAGAAAAAUCCAAAAAAUACGAGGAAUUGUCCCCUCGUGGAAUUGAGGCAAACCUGUAAAUGGCAAAAUUACAUAAAUGCUCUUACAAAAGAUUAGAAAGCCCAAAAAUAAGAGAAGGGUAUUAAGUAUAGAUGAGGUUUUACACUCCAACACUUUUAAGUUGACAAGGGAUCAGGCCCAAGGGAGUAGGUGUAGUUUAUUGCCCUUUGGCAGUUAGGAAGCAGUCAGAGUUAAAAUUCUUAGGCACCACCUUAGAGUUUGAUCCUAUACUCCUAAUAGAAUAAUAACUUCUUUCCUUCUUUUUUCUCUCCCUCUCCCUAUUUUAGAUCAGAAGGAACCUUCAUAGGACGACGACACUUGAUGGUAACUCUAGUAGAAUAAACAUAACCCGGUUACAGAAAUUUGCUAUAGAAACAUAUAGUUAGUAGACAGCUUUGGAUAAGAAGAAAAAGCUCCUUUCAUCUUAAAAAACGAAUUGGUAGGGGGCUCUUUGAAUGUCAUAUAUUAGAACUUCAUGAUUUGGGUUGAGGCCACCUACUUUGGACAAAGCCCUAUAACUUGCCAUAAGUGCCUGUUUAUUAUACCCAUCACUGUUUCUCCUCUCUUUUCAAACCAAAUAUUGAAAAUGACAUGGCAUCAUAAUUAGGUAGUCUCACUACAAGCCUAGAAAUGCAGAAACCAUAACGAUCUGGACCGCGCAACCUUAGAUAUAACUUUCCACGAAGUAAUGAAAAUUGCCAGUGUGAAUAUGUAGCUUGUGUGCAUGCAGCUGCUUGUACAUUAGUUCAGUUAUCUCCCCUAUCAAUCUCUUAAAAUCUGUUGCGGCCUUCCCCCCUUCUUCCCCCACAAGACUGCUUCCCAAUAGCAUGGUAGUUCAAAGGCGGAGAUAGAAAUAUUUUGUUGCAGAUCAAGCUAUAAUUUCAAAUGCAAGGGAUUGGACAUUGGCCCCUGCCAGUAACCCCUUGCCUCCACCAAUGUGGUACUUGUUUCAUCAAGUGCAGAGAGGACACUUCCUCACCUAUGUUCACUGUUGUGCCGACUUAGCCUGGAUCCGAGCCCAUCUAGCGAACCUCACACCUCCGGACCUCAUAGAGUAUGGAUAGGCUCACAGA